AUGGCCCCAACUAACAUGAGCGCUUUACAGCAAUUUCAUGAAUACUGGUGGGGAACUAAGGACAACUUUCUCGAUGCCAACACAGUCAUACACCUUCCGGCCUUCUCAAACUUCCAUAUUUUUGCUUUUACCGACUCUCGGCUUCUGGUCCUCAAGGAAUAUAUUUACAUCUUCGAGCGGCUGCAGCGCUUUUGUCAGACUCCUAACUGUUAUUCUCGGGGCAUCGUCCUGGAUGGGCAUUCGGGAAUUGGGAAGUCGAUGUUUCUCUUUUAUGCCCUCAUUCGAUGUCUGCAAGAGUCUCGGGAUGUUAUCUUUCACUUCUACUGUCGAACCCUCAUGUUCUCGAAAGAUGGUGUCCAGGACAUCGGCCUCAAUGACUUCCAGUAUAACUCCAUUGACUCCCCUACAUGGUGUCUCAUAGAUAGUUAUGGCGGGGAGGAACCUCCAUUACCGCUCACCAGCUUUGCGUAUAUCCUCCCUAUACUCGCUUCAUCGCGGUCAGAGCAGGCGCAUUCUGGCUGGGCCAAAGAUAGAGCUGAGCUUUUAAGUCAGGACCAAGCCACGCUCGUCCUGUAUCAAUCGCUAUUGCCCAAAGCUUUGAACUUUUGUGGGCCUAUCAUACGGGACAUACAGAGUUAUCUCUUAUCCCAAGGAGCGACUACCAUCAUAGAUCAUAAAUAUGGUCCUCAUCCACGCGUUUCCAAUCCCGCUUCCCUCCUCUGGGUGCUUACCACCUUUCACUGCUCUACAUGGGUAAAUAUUGAUAAGCCCUGCUCUGCGGCCUUAAUGUUUCGCCGACCGGCUGCAUAUGCUGGGGGGACUGACGAAGUGUAUUUCGAUUUCCGCUCCCCUCGUCUUGCACAAGAAGUGUGGGACCAGCUUAUUCAUCUCGAGUACGAAGAUGCGCUGUCCUACUUCUCCCGCUUUAGCUUUCAUCCCGAUCAAACUGUGGCCUGCCGAUGGCUUUUUCAAGUCAUUGCUCGCAAACAGAUAUGCCGGGGAACGACACAAUCCAAACCUUUGGCUCUUCUUCAGGAAAUGGAUCUGGCCGAAGGGACAAGGACCUUUAUCGACACUGGAGUACAUAUUCCUUAUCAGUGUCUUCCUGUUAAUGGCGUCAAGAGGACACCCGUCUUUUACUCCUUCGCGACGGAAAUUCUUUGCAACACAACCUCCUUCUAUAUUCCCCGCAAGAUCACUCAAGACUUCAUGUUUGACGGAUUAUUCUUUGGCCACGACCCGCUGACCGAUUUUCCAUACCGAACCAUGACGACCCCAGACCCGACGGUCCUGUAUAUAUUGCGAACAACGACGGAAGCCGAGGACAGAAGUCUCGUGCCCAUCUACCUCUUGGUGGUACCACUGCAAGCACCAAGCAUCACUUUUCUCUGCUUUCCCUCUGAUGACCCGAGGUGCAAGUGGACAAUGCCGCAGAGCUGGUUUCAAAAGGGCCCAGGAAGAGUCUUUUGUCAGACGAUUGAAAUUAACUGA